AUGCCUGGACGUGUUCGAACUUGUCCGCUCAAGCGUCCUGAGAGAGAUUAUAUUGCCCUCGGGCUGGAAGGCUCCGCCAACAAACUCGGCGCAGGCGUAAUAAAACAUUCGCCGGACGGUUCAGCGACAGUCCUAUCCAAUGUUCGCCACACAUAUAUAACUCCACCAGGUGAAGGCUUCCAGCCUCGAGAUACCGCGCAGCACCACAGAGAAUGGGCGCUUCAGGUCAUCCAGGAUGCAAUGCAGAAGGCAGGAUUGGGAAUCGAGAGCGUAGACUGUAUAUGCUUUACUAAAGGUCCUGGUAUGGGUGCACCGCUACAAUCGGUUGCACUAGUUGCUCGGACACUCGCGUUGCUUUAUGAUAAGCCUCUUGUUGGUGUGAAUCACUGCGUUGGACAUAUUGAAAUGGGUCGAGAAAUAACUGGAGCUCAAAACCCUGUCGUUCUAUACGUCUCGGGAGGCAACACGCAGGUCAUCGCGUAUUCGCAGCAGCGAUACAGGAUAUUUGGAGAGACGCUUGACAUUGCCGUUGGGAACUGUCUUGAUCGUUUCGCGAGGGUGGUAAAUCUGAGUAACGAUCCUGCUCCUGGGUAUAACAUUGAACAGGAAGCCAAAAAAGGGAAACGGCUCUUAAACCUUCCUUACGCGACUAAAGGAAUGGACGUCUCGUUAUCUGGAAUCCUUACCUCAACAGAGGCGCUCACCCUGGAUAGGAACUACAGAGCCACGGAAACAGGGGAAGAAGGAACUUUCACAGCUGCAGAUUUAUGCUUUUCAUUACAAGAAACGGUGUUUGCUAUGCUUGUUGAGAUCACUGAACGGGCAAUGGCACACAUCGGUAGCAAAGAGGUACUUAUUGUGGGUGGAGUUGGAUGUAAUGAACGACUUCAAGAGAUGAUGGGGAUAAUGGCCAAGGAAAGAGGAGGCCAAGUAUUCGCAACCGAUGAACGAUUUUGCAUUGACAACGGGAUUAUGAUUGCACAAGCGGGUUUAUUGAGUUAUAGAAUGGGUUAUACCACACCUUUGUCCAAAACGACUUGUACACAACGAUUCAGGACGGACGAGGUGCAUGUUGCCUGGAGGGCGUAGA